AUGGGCAACUGCCGAUCUUGCGAUUCUACACGCGUCGGCGGCGGCGCGUCGACGGCGAAGCUGAUCCUCCAGGACGGGAGGCUCCAGGAGUUCUCUUACCCGGUGAAGGCGUCGUUCGUCCUCCGGAUGAUCGACACCCACGCGCCGCACUUCAUAUGCAACGCCGACGAGAUGGAGUUCGACGACGCCGUUUUGGCCGUCGACGACGACGAGGAGCUCCAGCCGGGGCAGCUCUACUUCGCCCUCCCCGUCGCCUGGCUCCGGCGGCCUCUCCAGCCGGAGGAAAUGGCCGCAUUGGCCGUCAAGGCCAGCUCGGCGUUGAUGAAGACUUCCGCCGCCGGCGGCGGCGGCGGCGGCAUCGAUUUCGAGAAAUCUGGGUGUCGGAGUGAUGUGGGGAAGUGCCGGCGGCGAGGGUCCGCUCCCCCCGCGGCGGCCGCCGGCGGGAGGAGGAGUAGGAGGAGGGGAAGCAGCAGCGGUAGCGAGAAGAAGUUUGCGGCGAUGUUGAGCGCCAUACCGGAGUGA